AUGGAGCAGGAUGUGGAGAGCCCAGCCAUCAUCAGAAAGCCCAAGCUGCCAAAGCAGGUCCGGGAGGACCUGCCCAAACAGCUGGCAGAAAUGGACCGCGCCCGGAGGAUCCAGCGGUACGUCCAGAAAGACGGGAAGUGCAACGUCCACCACGGGAAUGUCCGAGAGACGUACCGCUAUCUGACGGACAUUUUCACCACGCUGGUAGAUCUCAAAUGGAGGUUCAAUCUGUUCAUCUUCGUGCUGGUGUACACAGUGACGUGGCUCUUCUUUGGCUUCAUGUGGUGGCUUAUUGCAUACCUGCGCGGUGACCUGGACCAUAUAGCAGAUAACCAGUGGACUCCGUGUGUCAAUAACCUCAAUGGGUUUGUAUCAGCAUUUCUGUUUUCCAUUGAGACAGAGACCACCAUUGGUUAUGGAUAUAGAGUCAUCACGGACAAAUGCCCCGAGGGGAUAGUGCUGCUUUUAGUUCAGUCAGUGCUGGGAUCUAUCGUGAAUGCCUUCAUGGUGGGCUGCAUGUUUGUUAAGAUUUCGCAGCCCAAGAAACGAGCUGAGACACUAGUGUUUUCCACCAACGCGGUCAUCUCGAUGCGAGAUGGACGGCUGUGCCUGAUGUUCAGAGUCGGAGACCUCCGAAACUCGCACAUCGUCGAGGCUUCAAUCAGGGCCAAGCUUAUCAAGUCUAAGCAGACCAAGGAGGGGGAGUUCAUCCCUUUGAACCAGACGGACAUAAACGUGGGCUACAACACGGGAGACGACAGGCUCUUCUUGGUAUCGCCCCUCAUCAUCUGCCAUGAGAUAAACCAGAACAGCCCCUUCUGGGACAUCUCACAGGCCCACCUGGCCAAGGAAGAGCUGGAAAUUGUCGUGAUCCUGGAGGGGAUGGUGGAGGCCACAGGCAUGACCUGUCAGGCCAGGAGCUCAUACGUCGGCAGCGAGAUCAAGUGGGGAUACCGCUUCACGCCCGUCCUGACGCUGGAGGACGGCUUCUACGAGGUCGACUACAACAGCUUCCAUGACAUCUACGAGACCAACACACCCACCUGCAGUGCCAAAGAGCUCGCCGACAUGGCCAACCGCACCCGCCUGCCCCUCACCUGGUCGCUGGCCAGCAAGCUGAGCCAGCAGGGGCUGCCGGAGUCCGAGCAGGAGGGUCAGGAGACCAAGACCAGCCUGGACGCCCAGAGCAAGAGCCAGCAGACCGAGAGGAACGGGGACAUUGCCAACAUAGAGAGCGAGUCCAAAGUGUAGCCAGUAGGAC